UAUGUCUCCUGAAAACAUUUGGCAUCCAAAUUAUGAAAGAAUGGAAUAUUCAAAUUACAAAAAAUGUGAAUUUUACUUAGAAUUCAAUGGUUUUAUGAAACAAUCCUACUAUUCUGUCAUUGAAACGACAAAACUAUUUGAAAAGCAACCGCAUUGUAUUACAUUUUCAGCUAUGAAAAUUAAUACAUCCGAUAAAUGCAAACUUUAUAUAAAUCUAGUGGAUAAGUUGAAAGUUAAGAGAAACUCUGCUAAAAUAUCUAUACCAUCUAAUAUUUGGUCUAAUAUAUCGAUGAUAGCACCUGCUAAUACUUAUUACAACGUAAAACUAAUCGGAAAGGGAUGUAACGAAUGGUUUAAUAUUCGAAUAACAAAUAUUAUAUUGCGUAAUAAUUGUUCAAUUAUUGAUCGAAAUCUUACGGAAACAAAUGCAAUGCCAGUUAAAGUUAUAUUUUUACCUUUAAAAAACGAAUUUCUCUUUCAAAGUAAAAUGCUAGAAAAAACAAUCUUUCUAAAUUUAAAUAGAAAAGUUAAUAGGUUUAAAAUAGCUGUUACUUCUUCGAAUAUCUUAACUGAUCAAUUAAAAUUUAUUAAUAUUACUAUAAAUAAUGGAAAAUGUCCAAUUUAUAAUCAUCUAAAAUUUGAUCCUGAUAUGACAUUUUGGAGUAAUUCGACAAAAAAGACUUGUAAAUGGUCAAUUCAUCCUAUAAGUAAUGGAGAAUUUAGCCUAAGCCCAUUUGUGUAUCCUUGUUUCAAGGAUGAUACUCUUAUUCUUAAAAGUCUUGAAUUAAGUGAUACAAGCAAAUAUAUGAAUUUUGGAGCUCAAUUUGUUGGUAGAUAUACAAUAUUAUCGAUUAUUUUCCAUUUGGCUGUUUUAUUAGAUUUUCCAGAAGUUUAUCUAUUCGGUGUAACUUUUGGAAACCAACCUCUUCAUUCUAGUAUAGUUGCUUUUGACGAUAUUGAAACUAAUAAUGGGAAUUUUUCUAUGGUUAUUGAAUAUGAAAAUAAUUAUUCUUCAAUGACCUACUUAGCCGAAUUGAUAUCACCUUAUCUAUUGAUUAAAGAUGCUAAAUGUUUAACUUUUUACUUUGAUAGGAAUGAUUAUGGAAUAUCUUUACAAUUGUUCAUCAAACUAGAUGGAGAUAAAGAAUUCAGAUUAGAUAAAAAUUGGAAAUAUACUGAUUCUUCAAAUCCAUUUUUAAAAUUUGAUUUAAGAGGUAGUUCUGGAAUUUAUAUUCUCACUUUACCAGUAUUAAUCGGUAGGAAGGAAAAAUUUAUUACAUUCGAUUUAUGGACUAAAAGCUCUGCAAACAUCUUCUUUAAUAUUCUCCUAUCGACGAAAAAUGUUACUAAAACUAUUGGUACUAUCAAUACUAAUACAAAAGUAUGGACAAGUAUAACUAUACCAUUUAAAACUGAAGAGAAUUUUCAGAUUAUCUUUAAGCUUAUCGUGUACGAAUCUUCUACAUCGAAUUCAUUCAAGGAUUUCUUAGCGAUAGAUAAUUUGAGUAUUCUUGAUACUCGGAAUAACAGUAACAAAUUAAUGGAAACGCAAGGUAAAGAAGCUUUUUGUUCUUAUCUACGACUAGAACAUUUCAUUCAAUUACCUAAUACUUGUGGCAAACGAACCUUUUGCGUUAAUCUACCUACGACGUCUGAACAACUGAAAUUUCAUGCUCGAUCUUUGGGGUUACCGUCAUCUUUUAAUCUUUUGAGGACAGUUGUUGAAGAAGGUUCCUGCAAAGGCGAAAAACGAUUAGAAACCAUACUUUCAGGAGAAACUAACGAAAAAGUUAGCAUCUUAGUUUCACCGUGGAUAAGAGGACCAAUAUCCGGUUGUAUAAAUUUUAAUAUUGAUAUUCUUGGAAAUUGCGUUCUGUCGAUAUAUUUGAGCUAUAGAGAUAACUCUACGAAAGCAAUUGGAUUUCUUACUGAAAAUGUACAUGAUAAAGUUAAACAACAAAAACUUGGAAUUGACGAAGAAACCGACUUUAAAGUACAUUUUAAAGGUAUUUGCUACGGUAGAUGGUUUAGUUUUAUAGGAUUAGACAAUAUUGAAAUGACUGAUGAACAAUGUCCAAAAUUCAUAAAAGAUGAACAAGGUUAUUAUUCAUAA